AUGAAAGCAAGGGUACGCUUCUUCGCGAAAAAUGCGAAAACUCCGCCAAGGGUCCGUUUAAAAUUAGGACAGAGAAUAUGUAUCGAAUGUGUAUUUUGGUUACUGGUAUGCAUACAAAUAGUAGCAGCAAACAGACCACCGCGUUUUCUUAUCGAUGGACGCUCAGAAAUAGUUAUAAGAUUAAAGGAAGGCCCUGACACGCCCGUUGGGAGCUUAAUAUACCGUUUAAGGGGCAUUGACCCCGACGGAGACGUAUUGCGAUUUGGAAUAAGAGAGCAAAUCGGUAGUGAUAUAUUAAGAAUAGAAGCCAUUUCGUCCAACGAAGCUAAUAUUUAUUUAGUUAAGGAAUUAGAUAGAGAGGUACGUGAUGAAUACUCCUUUGUGCUGACAUUAACUGAUGGCAAACUAGGCGAGGGUAAUUUUAUCACGCAGAGCUUCUUGUUGUUAGUAGAAGAUGUAAAUGACAACGAACCCGUUUUUAAACCCUACCCUUCCGCAAUUACCGUUAAGGAAAAUGCACCACCUGGAGUUUUGUUAACAGUCGAAGCUACAGAUCUUGAUGAAGGAGCUUAUGGACAGGUUUUGUACAAUUUGCAAGAACUAGAUGGUGAUAUAGAUAAUUUUGCUAUUCAAACUGUAAAUGGAAAAGGAGUAAUACGUUUAACAAAACAAUUAGAUUACGAAAGAAAAUCGCUCUACCAGUUACGAGUACUAGCAGUAGAUAGGGCUAAUCAGGGGAGAGUGAAUACGGGUACCGCUGCUAUAUUAGUCAAAGUACAGGAUGUUGAAGACCAACCACCUGAAUUCGUGGUUGCUACUCCUGUUACAAGAAUUAGCGAAGAUGCAUCUGUCGGUACAGCGGUUUUGCAAGUUCGAGCUAUUGAUGGCGAUAGAGGCAUUAAUAACCGGAUCGCGUACAGUAUCAUAUCGGGAGGAGAGGAGCACUUUGACAUCGACAGUAGCUCUGGAGUUAUUUACACCAUCAGUCCCUUAGACCGAGAAGACCCCAGUAAUAGCAAUGGAGCUUACAUACUUGAGAUUUUGGCAACAGAGGAAUCACAUAUAGUGUCUCCAUUACCUAGUGCCACUACGGAAAUAACGGUGAUAGUUACUGAUGUAAAUGAUGAAAAACCAAGAUUCAGAAGUGAACGAUAUGUAGGGGAAGUGAUAGAAAAUGCUCAACAGAAUACACCCAUCACAUUUUUGCAAGAUGGAAUACCAGAAGUAUUUGAUUAUGACCAGGGCAAGAAUGGCACCUUUGAACUCUAUAUAGUUGGAGACAAUGGUGUUUUCGAUGUAACACCUUUUAAGGGCAUCAAUGAGGCCUCUUUUCUUAUAAGAGUAAAUGACCCAUCCUAUUUGGAUUAUGAGAAGGUUACUGUCAUGAAUUUUAGUCUAGUCGCCAAAGAAAUUGUUACCAAAGACCCUAAAAUGAGUGUAGUCCCAAUAACUGUGCAUAUAAAAGAUGAAAAUGAUAAUUUCCCUGAAUUCACUGAAUCAAUUUACAUGGUUUCAAUACCUGAGAAUUGUGGUGUGGGAACAACAGUUGCUUGGGUGCAAGCGUUGGACAAAGACUCAGAUAAUUAUGGCACUAGAGGAGUGAGAUACACUAGUCUAGGUGGCAGUAUCGCUCAUUUACUUCACCUCAACCCUAUAUCAGGAGUAAUAACGGUAAAGGAAGCGGGCGAUGAAAGUUUCGAUCGAGAACUUGUUUCGAGACAUUACCUCACUGUCGAAGCAAGAGAUGAUCAGGGUAAAGGCAAUAGAAACACCGUUCAGCUAAUAAUAAACAUAGAAGACGUAAACGACAAUGCGCCGAUGUUCCUCGCAAAUAAGUAUGAAGCAAGGUUAUUUGAAAACGCACUGGAAUUCGAAAAUCCCCUUAUUUUGGAAGCUAGAGAUAUCGAUUUGAAUGGUACUAAAAAUAGUCACAUUGAGUAUUCAAUAGUCGGUGGAGACUAUAAGAAGAAUUUCACAAUCGAUCCAAACCUAGGGAUUAUCACUCCAGCUGGCGGUAUUGAUUUUGAACUAUUACCCGGUGACAAUAGCAUUAUACGACCUAUACAUUUAACUGUCCGUGCUCGAGAUUUCGGAACGCCGUCGCUAUCGUCCACGGUGCCAGUGUCGAUAUAUGUGCAAGAUGUGAACGAUCACGCGCCUCAGUUCACACAAACGGUUUAUAGGCGAGCCAUACCGGAGGAUAUGCCUGGCGGUACCAGUGUGUUGGAGGUGAAGGCGCGCGACGCGGACGGCUCGGCGCUGCACAGCCGCGUGGCCUACCGCAUCCAGCGCGGCGCGGCCGACAAGUUCGUGAUGGACGCGCGCUCCGGCCUCGUGUCCGUGGCCGGCGGCUCCGCGCUCGACCCCGACCGCACCGAGCCCAAGACCACGCGCUACACGCUCACCGUGGUUGCUCUCGAUGGCGGUAUCGGUGAUCAGCAACUGAGCGCGUCGGUUAUUGUGGACAUAACUAUCGUCGAUGUUAACAACAAACCACCCAUACUUGCUGAACCCGGUACUAUUCAUGUGAUGGAGAAUACUCAGGUUGGUACAACGGUAUUCCGAGCUCAGGCUUACGACCUAGAUGAACAACCAGUGCUACGUUUUUCUAUAGACAAAGCGGGUAGUUAUGCUAAAAAUGAGGAUGGCGUGACCGUUUCUACUUCAGAAUAUGAUUAUUUGUCUCUAUGGGAUUUAAACACCGUGGAUGGCAAUUUGAGACUAGUUAGGUUACUGGAUAGAGAAAAAGUUGAAAUUAUAAAAUUAGUUAUCACAGUAGAAGAUAUGGCGGCAAUAGAUGAUGGACCGGUACAAAUCGCAUCUGACAUAUUAACAAUAAUCGUGCAAGACGAAAAUGAUAAUAAUCCUAAAUUCAGGAAAUCGUUUUAUAAAACAUCUAUAACAGAGAACUCUAAACCUGGAAUGCAUGUAGAAACUGUGAUAGCGGAUGAUGCGGACAAGAAUAGAACAAUGACGUACAUUCUAGAAGGUCCAGAGGAACUUCGAAGUUUCCUGCAUAUCGAGAGCGCUACGGGGGAAAUAGUCGUUGCGAGUAGAAUCGACCACGAAAUGUAUUCGUGGUUAAAUCUUACCGUCAAAGCUGUUGACAGCGGUGUCCCACGGCGCUAUUCAGUUGUUGAUUUAUUUAUACAGGUUCUAGAUGAAAAUGAUAAUAAUCCUAUAUUUGAGCCAUCGUCUUUCGAAUAUCACGUAAGAGAGGACGCGGAGCCUGGGACUGCCGUAGCUAAAAUAGUUGCCAAGGACGCUGAUUCGGGAGAUUAUGGAAAAAUAACUUAUCUAUUGGAUAGAGUAUCGACACAGGGAAAAUUUCUUAUAAAUCCCGAAACGGGAUACUUAAAGGUAUCGGAUUGGUUAGACCGCGAGUCUCAGCCUGUGUACAACUUGGUUGUAGAGGCUUGGGAUAAUUAUCAGUUUGGAUACUUAAGUGGAGAAAGCCGAAAUGCUUUUAAGCAAAUCAUUGUACACGUAGAAGACGUAAAUGAUAACCCGCCGGUACUAAAUCUACCCUCGGAAUGCGUUACAAUAACCGAAUUUCAUAACUAUAGAGAAGCUAUAGUAUCUGUAUCGGCCACUGAUGCAGAUGAUAAUAAUACUCCUAAUGGAAGAGUUCAGUUUCAUUUGGUUGCUGGGAAAGGACAUGAACUAUUCCGUUUCGAACAAGUUGGAGGGGACGCUAACACCGGGCGUUUGUUUGCCAAACAACCUCUUAAAGACCGUUACGGGAACUAUACUCUAAUAGUGGAAGCGAGAGAUCUUGGGAAUCCAGCUAAUGUGGUGCGGGGUGAACUGCACUUGUGUGUGACGGAUUAUAACGACCACGCACCAAUAUUUGUCCACCCUCCUCAAAAUGUGACAAUAAAAGUGCCUGAGAACGCGACGAUAGGCACGACGGUGAUAGAGGUGCGAGCGAUCGACGCGGACAUCGGCCCCAACGGCGCGGUCCGCUACCGCCUGCGGCAGGACGCGCAGGGGGCGUGGCGCGCCUUCGCGCUGCAGGCCACCUCCGGCGCGCUGCGGACCGCGGCCGCCUUCGACCGCGACAAGCAGACCACCUACCAGCUCAGAAUAGAAGCAUACGACCUCGGUCUCCCGACCCCGCUCAGUUCUGACCUAGAUCUAACGAUAUACGUACAGAACGUCGAUAACUACCGCCCACGAUUCCUAUACAAACACAUAUAUUUGAAUGUGACUGAAAAUGUUGAAGAUUAUAGCACGUAUCUACCAAAUGUUAUUGAGAGGGAUGAGAUUGAUAGAGGGGAUGAGCCGAUAUUGCCGGUCUGCUAUUACAUCGUGGCGGGCAAUGAGGACGGAAUGUUCGAUUUGGAUAGAAACACUCAUAGGUUAACAUCAAAAUCAUUAGAUAGAGAACAAAAAGACCAAUAUUUACUCACCGUUAUGGCGACAGAGGACUGUAUGUCGAAACCGAAUUAUAAGGAGGAGUUAGAUUCAAUAAGUACGUUGAAAGUCCACAUAGCAGUGAACGAUGUAAACGACAACAGCCCACAGUUUGUUAGUAAAAUAUUUACAGGAGGAGUCACCACUGAAGCGGACUUUGGUAUUGAAUUUAUGAACGUAAAAGCUAUAGAUUUAGAUGAAGGCAUAAAUGCGAAAAUAAAUUAUUAUUUACUAGGAGAUGUGAAAGAAACAUUGACAGAGGGCUUGGAAAACUUAGUUGUAUCGCCCUUUUUAGUAAAUGUAGAUACUGGAGCGGUGUCCCUUAACUUCGACCCUCAGAAAGGGAUGAAAGGUUACUUCGAUUUUAAGGUGUUGGCGAACGAUACGGAUGGAUUGCAUGACGAAGCUCACGUUUUCAUAUAUCUUCUUCGCGAAGACCAACGAGUUCGUUUCGUCUUACGUUCACACCCUUCAGAGAUUCGAGACAAAAUCAACAAUUUCAGAGAAAAAUUAGCAGACGUGACCGAAUCUGUUGUCAAUAUAGAUGAUUUGCGAGUACACGAAAAUAAAGAUGGCUCUGUGGACAACACUAAAACAGAUCUAUAUUUACAUCUUGUUAAUGGAGAGGAUCAUUCGGUUUUGGAAGUCGACCAAGUUCUCAAACUCGUGGAUAAGAAUAUAGAACAUUUGGAUGAACUUUUUAAGGAGUUCAACGUGCUGGACACGCAAGCGGCGGAGUGGUCGCCGGCGGCGGAGCGGCGCGCGGCGCCGGCGGCCGUGUACUGGCUGGCGUGGAGCUCGCUGCUGCUGGGCGCGCUGCUGCUGCUGGCCGUGCUGGCGGCGCUGGCGCAGCGCGCCGACUACUCGCGCCGCCUCAAGGCCGCCACCGCCACCGCCUACUCUUCUCCAACCCCGGGCGAAUCGGAUCUGACGAUACGCAGCACCGGUCGAGUGCCGAACACCAACAAACACAGUACAAAAGGUUCCAAUCCAAUAUGGUUGCACGCGUACGAAAACGACUGGUACAAAUCUGACGAUCAAUUGAGUCACUCUGAACGCGAUUCGCUUGACGAGAACGCAGUGGACCAGGACAUGUCAAACGAGAAACCCUACUUCAUAACCACAGCCGCCUUCCCUUCGAUACGAACAGAAACUGAACCUGAAACCGAUCAGACCAACUUCGAUUUCUAUCAGCAACUAGAACAGAUGAAAAACGCGAAGAACAUGGAGACUACAGAGUUGUAGAUUAUUGUGCCUUUAUAUGUACCUAAAUAUAGUUUUAGAAUAUUUAAAAUAACGAGACGCACCGAUUCUUCGUCGUCUUAUCGAUAUAAUAGAGGCUAUUUUUAACCGACUUCAAAAAAGGAGGAGGUUAUCAAUUCGACUGUAUUUUUACGAUAACAUUUAGUUGACUCGAUCAUUAAUAAUCUGUUUAACUGAUAACGUUGUCAACAUUAAUUUUAGAAAUGAACUAUGCUGAAGGACAAAUUGUAAUUUGUAGAUAUGUAUCUCUUAAUGACGUA